UUUAACAUCGGACACCCUGCCUGCCUUGUAGACCCUCUGAGACACACACACACACACGCUGGGAAGAUACAUCCUGCUUGUCUUUAUUAUGCUGUUGGGCUUAUUGACCAGGAGGCUGGGUGUGUGUGGUCGUCUCAAAGAUGUCAUGGCACCCUGCCUACCGAAUUUCCAAGUUCCGCCAUGUCUAUGGCAAGGCCGCCACCAAACACCAUGGCUACAACGGGGUCCCCAUCACACACAGUGUCCAUGACAACCACUACUGCUCGGUCAACCCGCGCUUCGUCGCCAUUGUGACGGAAUGCUCUGGGGGCGGGGCCUUCCUGGUCCUUCCCAUCCACCACACUGGCCGGGUGGAUCCUCACCAGCCCAAGGUGUGUGGACACAGUGCCAGAGUCUUGGACGUCAAGUGGAAUCCAUUCGAUGACCUGAGCAUCGCUUCCUGUUCUGAAGACUGCACGGUGAAGUUAUGGGACAUCCCAGCCCACGGUGUCCACCAGGACAUCACCCGCCCCAGGAAGGUCCUGAAGGGUCACACACGCAGGGUCAGCCUGUUGGAAUGGCACCCCACAGCCAGAGACAUCCUGCUCAGCUCUGCAUAUGACUAUAAGGUCAUGGUGUGGGACGUGUCGUUGUGUGAGUCAGUGUUGAGGACCCCAGUGGUGGUGAUUUCUCUCCACUCUGAGCUGGUUCUCUCUAUGUCCUUCAACACGGAUGGCUCCUCGCUGGCCACUACCAGUCUGGACAAGAGGGUCAGAGUCAUCAACCCUCGAACCGGACACCUGCUACAGGUCUCCAGCAUUAAGCACCACAGGGCCAAUAAGGUUGUGUAUGUAGGAGACCACAACAUGCUGCUGUCUACUGGGAUCUCUCCCUGGAACCAGAGACAGAUGGUCCUGUGGGACGGGGAUGACUUGUCUGAACCUCUGUUGGAGGAGGAGCUAGAUGAUGCUGCAGGAGUUCUGUUUCCAUUCUACGACCGAGACACUCACCUGCUGUACCUGGCAGGCAAGGGAGACGGUAACAUAAGGUACUAUGAUAUCAGUUGUGUGAAGCCCUACGUUCAGUUCCUCGAUGAAUACCGCUCCAUCCUGCCUCAGAAAGGUCUUGGGGUGAUGCCAAAGCGGGGCCUGGAUGUGAGUUCAUGUGAAGUUUUCCGGUUCUAUCGUCUAGUGACCAUUAAGGACCUGGUUGAGCCGCUUUCCAUGAUCGUUCCUCGCAGGUCCCCAGAGAUCUUCCAGGAGGACAUCUUCCCCAUGACAGCAGGAAAUGAGGCGGCCAUGACGGCUCAACAGUGGCUCUCUGGGUUAAACAGAGGCCCGGUGCUGACUUCUCUGAGACCUGGGACUAAAGUAGCUAACCCCUACCCGGCGAUGCCCCCCAGGACUGGUCUGGCCAGGGUGGACGUCCAGGGUCUGCCCGGGGGACCCACGGAGCAGGCCUUCCUCCAGGAGCAGGUGGCUUACCAGAAUGCCAAGUACCCCAAGGAGCUGGCCGAUCUGACUGGCUGGCAGGCAGACGAGACCCAGGCCCCAGGAUGGGCAUACACACCCCACUGCCGUGAGCCCUCAGAGUGCCCUCCUCCCAGGGCAGAGAACGAGCUGCUGCAGGUGUUUUACAGACAGCAGGAAGAGAUCAGCGAGCUGAGAGAACAGCUCCACCAGAGUGAGGUCCGAAUCACACAGCUAGAACUUGAAAUAAAGAACACGCGAAACAACAUGAGAGAUGCAUUCUGAUUCAACCAAUCAAACACAAGUCACCAACACAUUACAGAAGAGUCAACUUGUGAAACAACCAGUCACUUAAGACCCACCUCCUGAUCUAACCUAUCAGUGAUGACCCACCUUCACAUUCGUACAGCCUUCUAAUAAAACCAAACAAUGUC